AUGGGCAUACGGUGGCAGGAGGCAAUCAGCAGUGACACGCCAGGACCAUGGCAGGCAUUUUUGGUCAACUCUUUCCACUCGUAUACUGGGCCACUUUGGCAAUGUGCCGAAUUUUUCGCGGGAGACUUUUCAACCAAACUGGUCUUGAUUUUAGGCGCCAAAUUCCUCUCAUCUCAUUUUGGGGGCCUGGGCGAGCACAGAGAGGGCACCAGCACCUUGCAAAGCCUGGUGCCAAGCAUGUCUGGUGGCGCGCGAGGCCUGACUCUGAGCAUUGGGAAGCGGCAUGCCAGCUGCAAGCUCCUUCUUGAGCUGUGGGUCAUGGGUGUUUGCCAGGCCCUCUCAACAUUUCCAUGGGGGCGUGCAAGCGAUUAA